UUCGGAAAUAAGAGAAAAAAAGAAGCUGCAGAUCUCUACAACCCCCAUUUUAGUUGCAGAAACCUUUUAGGGGACCAUUCUUUAAAGCAAAAGAGAGAGAAGAGAAAAAAGAAAGCUAAAAAUUCCAUUACUUUGUCUCUUUAUAAUUUCUUUUUUCUGCAAUUAAAACCCCCCAUGCUUGUAUCUUUAAAACCUUUGAUCUUUACCCUUUUGUCUUCUCUUCUGCCUCAGCCUUAGAUCCAUAAAAAACAACCCCUUUUUUCUUCGUCUCUUAUAAUUAAAAAAGAAAAUGGCAACUGGUUGGAGAAGAGCCUUUUGUACUGCAACCCCUAGAGAACCUGAAACCACUGUUCCUAGUCCUAAAAAUUGUGCAAAGUUAAGCUUUUUUAGUAGUGGAAGUAACCCUUCUACUCCUCGUCUUCAACCAUCUUCCACAAAUGAAAACACCCCUAAAGCAUCAAAUCCUUCUUCUCCUCGUUCACCACUAAAGCUCUCACUUUUUCGUAAUAGCUUCAAGUUCAGAAGUACUUGUGGGAUAUGUUUGAAUAGUGUGAAGACAGGUCAAGGGACGGCGAUUUACACGGCGGAAUGUUCACAUGCUUUUCAUUUUCCUUGUAUAGCUGCUCAUGUUCGUAAAUAUGAUUCACUUGUUUGUCCUGUUUGUAAUACUACUUGGAAAGAUGUUCCACUUCUUUCUAUUCAUAAAAUCCCCAGAAGUAUUAACCAGCCAAAGCCCAAACCGGAUUUGAGAUCUUACGAUGACGAUGAGCCAUUGCUUUCACCAACCGCUGGUGGUGGUCGUUUCGUUCCUAUUCCAGAAGCUGAUGAACACGAAGAAGAAAGCGGCGGCGAUGUAGAGGAGUUUCAAGGAUUCUUCGUGAAUCCCAACCCUUCAUCCAUCGAAGUACACCCAUUCAACGGCCGUGAUUCGAGGAAUGUACAAGUCCGGUUAUCACCUGAAACGGCGGUUGUUUCAGUUGGCCGUGGAUAUGAAACUUAUGCCGUGGCUUUGAAAAUAAAAGCCCCUUCACGUAAGACGGCGUCGUUUUUGGACCUUUCACGUCGUGGGCCUAUUGAUUUGGUUACGCUUCUUGACGUGAGCGGUAGUAUGAACGGUGGUAAGCUUCAGAUGUUGAAACGUGCGAUGCGUUUAGUCAUUUCUUCGCUCGGCUCUGCUGAUAGGCUUUCUAUUGUGGCUUUCUCGGGUAGUUCAAAACGGUUGUUGCCUUUACGGAGGAUGACGGCUCAAGGUCAACGAGCUGCUCGGCACAUUAUUGAUCGGCUUGUGUGUGGUCAAGGGACUAGCGUUUGCGAUGCGUUUAAGAAAGCUACGAAAGUGCUUGAAGAUCGGAGGGAGAGAAAUCCGGUUGCUGGUAUUAUGUUGUUAUCUGACGGUCACGAUGAAAGAGGUUCAAAUCAACGGCUUCGUUCAAGCCACGUGUCUUCCGCUCGUUUCGCUCAUAUUGAAAUCCCGGUUCACUCUUUCGGUUUGGGACAAACCGGUGGGUUUAGUCAUGACCCGGCUGAGGACGCGUUUGCUAAAUGUAUGAGUGGGAUAUUUAGUGUCGUGGUUCAAGAUUUGAGAAUCCAGCUCAGCUUUGCCCCUGACUCAGCUCCGGCUGAAAUCACAGCCGUUUACUCAUGUAACGGGAAGCCGACCGUUUUAACUUCCGGCUCAGUCCGGCUGGGUGAUUUCUACGCCGAGGAAGAAAGGGAUUUACUCGUGGAACUCAAAGUUCCGACGUCGGCGGUCAGGUCCAAUCACGUGAUGUGUGUUCGUUGUCUUUACAAAGAUCCGGUUUCGCAAGAAGUCGUAUACGGCCGAGAUCAAUCCCUUCUCGUUCCUCAGCCGAACGCCGUUCGAUCACCGGCUCCUGAGAUCGAACAGUUUAGAUUCUUUUUCAUAACGACUCGAGCCAUAGCCGAGUCGAGGAGGUUAAUUGAGUGUGGUAACGACUUGACAAGUGCACACCAUCUGUUGGCUUCGGCUAGAGCAUUGUUAAUGCAGUCGAAUUCGUUGACGGUGGCGGAGUACGUGCGAGGGUUAGAAGCCGAGCUGACGGAAUUGCAGCGGAUGAAACAACAGAUGGUGGAAAUCCAACGGCGGCGGGUGAACGAGAGGGAACGAGAAAGGGAGGCGAUUAUGGUGGUGAUGGAUGAGAAUGGGGAGCCACUAACACCGUCAUCGGCUUGGAGAACGGCUGAGAAGUUGGCUAAAGUGGCCAUGGUGAAGAAUAAAGUCAGUGAUCUACACGGCUUCGAAAAUGCUAGAUUUUAGUUUUUCUAAUAUUGUUAUUUUUAAUAAAAAAAUGAAAAAAAAAAGAAGUUAAAAUGAAUAUAUAUGAUUAUAUUAGGGGAAAAUUCGGAUUUUUAUUUAUCCUUUUUUUUUUAAUUUAAGUAAAAAGGGAAAAUGUGUGUAUUUGUAGGAAAUUUUUAUGAUCAAACAAUUUCUUUUAGUUUU